AGGGGAUUCCGUAAUGAGCACGUAAUGUGUUCUCGAGAUAUGACUUAAUCUGUGAAGGAAACGCGACGUUGACUGGAUUUCAUCACCAUCAUCACCAUCAUCGUCGUCGUCGAUAUUGCGUCAAACUCCCCGAGUGCAGACCGCACCGAUUUAAACCGCAGUUGCGUGCACCCCCCCAUUGCAAGUAGUUUAUGUAGAUUUUUAAAAGAAAUAAAGAAAGCAACACAUUGCGCUCUGGUAACAUUUGCUUGUAAAGAGAAACGCCAAAUUAUCGGGGCUUGUGUUAAAACAACAACAACAACGACAACAGCGGGAAAACGAGAAGGCGUGGGUGAUGACCACCGGCUCACGUUAAAACUUUAAGUUCCUCAUUCCACACACACACACAUUUAUAUAAAAACAUUUAGAAGUUAACAUCGCGAAAGGAAGUGGCUUUGGGCUUCUGCUCUAAGAGAGUAAAGAGCCCCGGGCCCGGCGAGAAAUGAAGUGGGGGGCUGGUGGUGCUGCUGGUAUUGGGGGACCUCUGGUGGUGACUUUGUGGCUGUUGUUGAGCAGAUAACGAAACCCCCCAAAAAAGCACCUUCCAACACGGAAGGCAAAUUCAACAAUUGCAAUUGUUUUAGUGUUCCCUCGAGGAAGAGAGGAGUUCGGCUGUACGUUGUUAGGGUUGGUGGUGGUUGUUGUUGUUUCAAGUAUUACUGUUCAAGGACGUCUUCACGGCCGUCUUCGGGAAAGAGAAAUAAACUUAACGAAACAUGGAGAACCCGGCGUUCAUGGGCUCGCAAGACCCGAUGACAGGAGGAGAAGCGGGAGCUCUUCCAUCCAUGCCUUCGGCGCCGUCGGCACCCCCGCCAAACAUGCCCGGCUACGAGGGGACACCCAUGGGCCCUGACCACAAUGUGCCACCACCUGAUGGGAUGUUGCCACAGCCGGGUCCACGGCCCAAUGGCCCUCCGCAGACCUACAGCAUCCCGGCCAUCAGCGAGGAGGAGGCAAAGGAGGCGCUGAUGCAGUUUGUCUCUUCGAAGUGCUGCUACAGCAAGGAGCCUGUGAAUGGCAUGGUCUUCACCGAGCUCCUCCCAUACAACACCUACCGGUAUCAUCUGGAGACUUUCACCGAAGAGCGGACCACAGCCUGGGAACACGAGCCGUUCAGCGGGAACCCGUCGGAAGCUGUCCAUUAUGAACCAGCCCCUCUGCCGUGGGACAUCUUGGUCAAUACCCCGAGCAUGUUCACUCCGGACAAGAAAAAAGUGCCUGUUCCCAACACAUCUUCUAUUCGGCCUUGCAACGACUGCCUUGGCAUGGCACGCAAGCCGUGCUCAAAGUGUACAGCCCUUGGAAGAGUGACUUGCUGGCAUUGCAACGGGAGUGGGCGCAGAAUGGGAGAUGAGAUGUGCACCCAUUGCAGUGGGCAGGGCUUAACAAGGUGCAUGACUUGCAGCGGAAGUGGCCAGUGCUCCUGCCACACCUGCGUAGGGAAGGGCCAGCUCAAGUUCUUCAUCUCGCUCACUGUCAAGUGGAAAAAUGAGCUUUAUGAAUACGUGGCCGAUGAGCAGACUGGGUUUCCAACAAAACUCUUCAAGGAAGCCAAUGGGCAGCAACUCUUUGUGGACGAACAGCCGUUGCUGUGGCCCUUGAUAGGAUUCCCAGACCCUGGGAUAACGCAGGCCUCGCAGAAUGCCAUUGCCGAGAUGCAGACCAAGUUCCGCACCUGCCGCAUCAUCCGCCAGCGACACAGGGUGGACCUCAUCCCACUGACGAAGGUCGUGUACGACUGGAAGGGGGUCAGCUACGACUACUUUGUGUAUGGCACUGAGAAGAAGGUGUACGCACCAAACUACCCUGCCAAGUGCUGCUGUUGUGCCAUCCUUUAAUUCACACGGUAGCCAAGUGGCCAUUGCGUAUAGUUUGUUAUCCUUCGUUUAACACGUUCACUUUCGUGACCAAUAUGCAUGAUAGAGAUUGUUUUGGGUUAGAUCGCGUAAAUGUAUAAAUGGGUCGUUAAAACCCGCCACCACCCGACACAGCCAACUAGUAAGGGUUGUCACGUAAACAGAACGUGGCCAAUUCGUCACUAGUACAGCACACCGGUGUGUUGGAGAGCCAAUUGUAAAUGUUGUGGCUUGGCCACGUUCUGUUUACGUGACAACCCUUACUAGUUGGCUGUGUCGGGUGGUGGUGGGUUUUAACGACACAUUUAUAUAUUUACACGACCUAACCCAAACGCAAACCUCUAUUUUGUUGUCCUUCCCCCGUGCACCUUCUGAAUCAUAAUCACUUGGAGAGGGAUGGGAAGUCGUUACGUGUAUACUGAAUAUAAAGGAACUGGUGGAAAGGUGGUAAAUGCGCCAUUAUAUAUGUGAAAAAUAUCCACCUUUACUAGCAUCGAUUUACAAUAAUAUAGAGCAAGUAAAUACAAACUUACUGGAAUGUCUUGCAUAUCUAAUAUAAAUUUCACAUAGUAUCACUAACUACACUGCCCUCUAAAUUGUGUUUAUGUUUGGUAAAAGUUUCCUGAUCACAUUUUAUUCUGUUAACCUACUUAGACUGGUUGUGAAGGAAGUCGUCGAUCACAUGUUAAUGUGAACUUCCAAAGGAGUUACUCUAAAAUUCCAGGGGCAGGGCUUGAGCUGUCUUGUUCUGCAAAAAGUUCACCACUGAAUUUAACAAAUCCUCCCAUGAGCUGGAUGAUCCACUUCUAAAACUGUAUAACUGACCUCUUAAUAGAGUUUUUUUUUUGGGUUAGAUCGCGUAAAUAUAAAUGUGUUGUUAAACCCGCCACCACCCGACACAACCAACUCGUACGGUUUGUUACAUAAACAAAACAUGCCGAUUAGUUACUCGUUCAGCACACCGGUAUUUUGUAGAUUAAACCCACAACAUUUACAAUUCCAGUACGACGUUUGGCCGGUAAUUGCAACUAGCAUUAUCAGGUGACAGCCAUAAUUGUGGACAAAUCCUGUUUCGGUCUUAAGUAGGAGGGGAUAAAUGUGAUGUUAACACUUGGUGACGAAGAAUCACAGCCUCUCAGCAGCAGUAGCUGGUGCUGCCAGGCAGCUUGGACUUCUAGUGUAUGCGGGUUUAGCUUUGCAUCCUCUCAUCGAUUGGAUGCGCUUCUGCGGCCGUCUGGAACACUUCCUUCCAAUAUUAGGAAACCACUGGAGCUCUGCACUGUAAAUAUAAAUUGAAAACUAAUUUCUUCAGAACUGCUUUCUGUGUUUAGUUCGUUGUCCUUCCCCCCCGCACCUCCGAUUAGCACGGUUGGCUACAUAUGGUGCAAAAGAAGUUCAACAUACAUACAUAAAAUAGAUUCUCAUGCUCACUAUACGUGUAUGGAAUCGUGCUUUUCGGUCGACUUGUCAAUCGUUAUGCUCCGUGAUCGAUCACAACCACUAGAGGUGCUACAAUGCACUGUAACGUAAACAUAAUAUAUUAUGAAUUCAUCAUACCAAAAGGAUGGGAGGGGAAUGAUACUUUACACCCAUUGUACAUUAAUGUUAACUUACGAAUGAUGACCGAAUACAGUUAUCUCGUAAGCAUAUAAAGAUUAAUUAUCAUCACUCAUCGUGUGUAAUUCACAACAGGUUCUGCACCCAAGGCAGAUGCAUCUGAAGUUGUGAAGUUGAUUUUGUAGAAAUACAUGACAAAUGUCAACAUUUUUCACCACAUUUCCACGCCAUCUAAACCGGUGUCUCAGGAGAUAUGCCCCCUUGCAUUUUGUUGCCAGAGGUGGUCUUGCGCAAUUAUUCUGCCACUUGCGGAGGGACCCAUCACCCCACUGUGUGUUCAGUGUAUGCUGCUGAAUUCUCUGUUGGUUGCUCUCAAUGUUGACGCUGUGGGGUGCACUUGCCAACGCCAAAGUACAACUGGCAAGUGGCAGCCAGUUCAACCUGUUGUGUCGUGUUCUCUGAUAGUAAAGUUUUUCAGGCCACGCGUUUUCACGCAAGCGCUCAUUUCUUUUUUUAGUAUGGUACAGACUGGAGGGUAUUGGCAGUGUGAGCAAUGGCCCUCAUCACGGCCAGCCUUGCAUCGCGAGGCACGCGUCUGUUUUAACCUCUCUGGUUUGUAAAAACGCUUUCAAUUUCGCAAGGUCGUCUUUGACCUCACAACCCACAGUCGCGUCCUGUAAGAGGGACGCGGUCAUAUUCAGCCACCCCAUGGAAUGAAAAUAUUUGUUAUACCUGACCAUAAAUUUCAUACAUAUGUUUUAUACUACGGAGGUUUUCACGGUUGUGCUGUGUUGCCGCCGGAUGUGUAUUCGGGUUGUACCUUGUGUUUUUAAGCGUGUCCGACAUUUCGCUCCAUGUGCAAGGGAGCUUAUUCCAGAAUUCGGUUCCAGCAGAUGGAGUAAAACAUUGGACAUUUGGCCAUGAAACACAGAGUACAAACCAAAAACACUUUGGACAGCUAUUGACCAUCAUAAUCUGAAUUGUUAACCCAGGAAAGCCUCACUACAAGGUUCAUUCGGGUCUUGGAUUUAUUUGUUCGACCAAUUACUCAUAUAUGUUUUAAAUGAAUGGAAGACUUAGAUGCACCUUGUGCAGAUCUUAGAAUAUACUCAAACUCUGCAAGUUAACAUCGGAAGAGUCAGUUGUGUAUUCUAAUAAUGCCAAUGAUUUGCCCAGCAAGGUGUCCUUGAGUCUGAAAACUUUUUUUUCAGGAGGGGCCUGCACUGGGAUGUUUGUCAUUGCCAUUUAUAAGCGUUUUUUUAAUAAGUGUGGAAGGAAUCCUGAGGAUUCUGCAACACUCAAGAGAUGUGCGCAAUUAUCCAUUGGUGUAUCGCUGUCUUCCGUCCACCUUGCAGCCUCGAAUGAUCAGAAAAUAGAGUUUGCACAUGGAGUCAACAAUUGAAGGCCAGAUAUGCCAUUUAUGCCUUUUUUGUUACCUGAAACGUGUGAUAGCUUUUUUAGCGUCACCCACGAAGCCAUUGCUAUUGUGUAACACGUGUAAUCUCAACACGGUAUUAAUCUGUUUAACACGUAGGUUUCGCGACCAAUGUUAUUCAUAAUCAACGUUUUUGGGUUUAGAUUGCGUUAUUUAUAAAUGUGUCGUAAC